GCCAAACACUCGACGAUCUUAAUCUGAGCAAAUCGGAGAAGACGAAGAUGUGGAAUCAGGCGUUUCGGAAGAGUGAUCCGGAGGCCGGACCGAGGCUGCUUUACCCUAUGAUGCUCGAGAGCCCCGAGCUCCGGUGGUCCUUCAUCCGCAAAAUCUACGCGAUCGUUGCCAUCCAAUUACUCGCCACCAUCGCUGUAGGCGCCGGCGUCGUUUCGGUCCGGCCGGUGGCUAACUUCUUUGUCAGCACCGGCGCCGGCCUAGCGCACAUCGUUCUCAUCAUCACGGCUUUCAUCGUGCUGUGCCCGCUGUACUAUUACCACCAGAAGCAUCCGGUUAAUUACCUUUUACUGGGAAUUUUUACCAUCUCACUGGCAUUUGUCGUCGGUUUGACUUGUGCAUUUACUAGCGGGAAGGUGAUUUUGGAGUCAGUUAUUCUGACGGCAGUGGUCGUAGUUGGUCUGACCUUGUACACAUUUUGGGCUGCAAGGAGAGGCCAAGAUUUCAACUUUCUUGGUCCUUUCUUGUUCGGAGCUCUACUGGUUCUGAUCGUAUUUGGUCUGAUUCAGGUUUUCUUCCCGCUUGAUAAGAUAUCAGUGAUGAUAUAUGGUUGCUUGGCGUCGAUCAUAUUUUGUGGGUAUAUUGUGUAUGACACGGACAACUUGAUCAAGCGAUACUGUUACGACGAGUACAUUUGGGCUGCAGUUUCCUUGUAUUUGGAUAUCAUCAACCUCUUCCUAGCUCUUCUCACCGUUUGUAAACGUGUUUCGUUGGUUCAUUAUCCCAUAGUAGGAGAUUUCUGUUUGUCAAUAGUUGCUUGGGGUUUCAACUCUCCAGAUCUCGCAAUCGGGAGCUGA